GGAAGUGGGAUCGGGCGCAGUUCCGGGUGCAGUGAGGCAGCUGUGGCGGGCUGAACCGCGUCCUGCUGGUGCAAGUUGGUGAGACAGCCGCGAUGUUUCGGAUCGAGGGCCUCGCUCCGAAGCUGGACCCCGAGGAGAUGAAGCGGAAGAUGCGCGAGGAUGUGAUCUCCUCCAUCCGGAAUUUCCUCAUCUACGUGGCCCUGCUGCGAGUCACUCCAUAUAUCUUAAAGAAGCUGGACAGCAUAUGAAGGUUGGGAGCCACAUGCAAAUCAUGAUGUGAAGACCCUGGUUACAGUUUCUCCUCCUAUCUGCAAAGAAUUGGCCCAGAAAGGUAUAAGACUGAAUGGACAUAAAAAUUCUACUUAAGAACAAGUUGGACUGGUACUGGUACUGACCUUCGUAGCUGAAAUAUAAAACUAUUUGGGAAGUACAAAAAGAUGUCUUGUGGUCAUAGUGUGCCCUUAUGCCUGCGAUGCUCAGCCUGUCAGUGUUGAUGGAAUUGUAAAUAACCUCAAAGCUCUAUAAGGAGAUUAUGUUUGAAAUGGCACUGUCUAGGAGUCAUUUCUGUUUACAUCUUUACUUCAGUCCGUAGUGUAUUUGUGAAGAGUCUGUUUUAUGGAAGUCAGCCUACACCCACAAUGACAUUCAAGCACAGAGCCAUCAGUCUAUAUUUUUAAUAAACAAAGCUGAUGAAGAAAA